CGGACAUCCCGGAGUCGAGCGCGCUGGACUCGUAAGUUCCGCCAAUUUCUGCAUGCUUAAAUGCACUUUUUAGCUUCUUGAUGAAUGACUGUCGUACGUCAGAGAUAACGCGAGUGGACUGUAAUGCGAUAUACAAACAUAAUGUAGUCGGUCUUGAACAAGUAGAUUUCGAGUUUUAAAACCUUUUCAUCUGCUCGACGUGAGAUGGGCGUUGUGUAAUUGUUGAUUUGACUCUAUAAGCACUUAGUGCCUUAAAGAAUGAGAGUCUUAGGGAGGAGGACUGUCGAAACGAUGCUACGCGGGAAUGGAGAAUGGAGGACCUGCAAGAGUGCGUGACAAGCGGGUCAGCGGCAGUUUGAAGAAUUCGUAAAACGAGGAAAAACGCGUACCACCGCUUGAAGCCAUGGGGAUACGACAUCUCCUGCUUCUUUUGGUCUAUCUAGACCCACUGUGCGUCCUGAGUGCGUCCACGGCCAAGCGGAGCAAACCUUCUCCAAAGAGACCCCCCAAAGUGAAGGAGGUCAACAGCACCAUUGCUCCGACAGUGGCUCAAGUCCAGGCGCCCAUUGUCGGCGAUCAUGACACCUGUUUCGGCUACUACGACGUGAGCGGUCAGUUCGAUAAAGAGUUCGCCUGCAACAACACGGACCACCGCUACUGCUGCGGGAGCUGCUUCCUGCGCUUCUGCUGUCCCGUCAAAGCCAAACGAGUGGAUCAGAGGGUCUGUACCAACUACAACACGCCCGACUGGAUCAAAACCCAACCGCCCUCGCCCGCGCCCACAGGGGACACGUACGACCCAGCGCUGGACCAGACCAACACCACCGUCUACAUCACCUGCGGUGUCAUCACCCUCAUCAUCAUCCUGGGGAUUUCUGCCAAGGUGGCCUAUGACAAAGCCACCAGACCGCCUCAAGAAAUGAAUGUCCACAGAGCACUGGCGGACAUUUUGAGACAGCAGGGGCCCAUUCCCAUAUCACAGUAUGAGCAUGAAAACAUUGCGGCUAUAGACACCUCGCCCAAAGAAAACACACCUGUACGGACGUCCAAGAACCACUACACACCGGUGCACAACAAAAACAACCACGGGCAUUAUGGGAAAGAAAACUUCCGCAGUGGUCAGGACAUGCACAACUUCAUCUCGUCCGGGUUUGUGACGCUCGGCAGGGGCCAUCUGAAAGCGCAGCACUCUGUAGAUGAUCUGGGCCAGCUGUCCUGGCAGGGCGACCUGGACGUUCCUCUGUCCUACAAUAACCAUCCGCACGACUACACCAGCCAUCUGGAUCUCACUGGGUCACACACACCCAAAAUCGGACACAGAAUAGAGCACUACGAGAAACCGAGAAUGAACAACAUCCUGACGUCCCAGACAGAGCCGUACGACCUGUCCUUCUCCCGGUCCUUCCAGAACCUCACGCACCUCCCUCCGUCCUACGAGAUGGCCAUGAAAGCAGACUUGAGCGACAAAGACGACGAGUACUACAUCCGCAAGCACCAUUUGCCCGACCCGACGGCCCGCGGCGGUAACCUGCAGACGCACAUGAUCAAGCUGAGCGUGGAGCCGCCGGCGCAGCGGCAGAAGCCCAAGCGCGUUCAGCGGGCCAUGUCCCAGGACCACGUGCUCUCGCCGGCCCGCUCCAAGCCGCCCCGGGACUACGGCCUGUCGGCGUACAGCGGCGGCGCCGGCGGCCUGUCCCCGUACCACGGACGCAUCCUCUCCGAGGAGCAGCUGCUGUCGGCCGACCGCCUGCACUCCCAGGACCCGCUGCUCUCGCCCGACAAGAUGCUCUCCCUGCGCCGCUCCAAUUUCCGCGAGAAGGCCAUGUCUCGGGCGCUGUCGCACACGGACAUGUUCGUGCCCACCACGCCGGUCAUGGACCGGCACUACAAGAUGAUGAAGAUGCAUUCGCACCCCAGCAGCGGCAACAACGAGUCCUACAACACACUGACUGUUAACAGCGCGCAGGCCGGCAACAAAAGGCAGGCGUUCGCCAACCGCCGCAUGCAUACGGUGGACCACCUGCAGUACAUCCCGGGACACCACCAUCACCAGUACAGAACCGCCAGUAAGACCGAAGUAACUGUCUGAGAGGCGCGAGAAGCCGGAGAGCGAAUGAUGUCAACCAACCACCCAGCCGGAGGAAUCCCUCUUCGACUUUUCUUGUUCGUUUCAAGCGUCCCGCCUCGACCCGUUCCCCGCUUCCAGCGCAGGCUUUCCACUCCGUCGGGUUUUUUUCGGGAACGAUCCGGACUUUCUUCUCGCACGUAUAGCGCAAACGCAAGGGCUUCGCGCGCGGACGCCGGACUAGAGACCUCAAACCGUUUUGUUUCCCUCCAGGACUGCUGCGAAGCCUGCACCGACUUUAUACGUACAGAAAAUCGGAGACUACGUAGAUUUAUGAUUUCUAACUCGAGUCCUAAACAAUAGCGAUAGCAGUUGAGUAUAAACUGGCGUAAGCACUUUAGCGAGUGCCUCUUCUCAAAACACGUCCCGUUUCGGCAACGAAGUGGGGAAAGGGUUUAAAAGCACAAUAGAUGACUGAUGUUGUUUUACUUUCUUUCGUCGCAUUCCCAGCUAACAGGGAUCGUUUUUAGCGAACAUUGUGGAAAAGUUACGAACAAACGUUCUAUAUAAACGUUGAUAGAACAUCCGUUCAAAAUCACCUGGUGUUUUCAAAGUGUUCUCAAAACUUUAGCAUGAAAACACUGUUUAUGUAUUGUUUAUGGAGCAUUUUGGCUGGAUGAUCUAUUUUUUGAACAUUCAAAAUCUUCUCAAAAUUACAAAAUUGAAGGUUUUUCCCAAAGUUUUUGUGGUUGUUCUUUGAGUAACCUUUAUGGGAUGUUCGUUCAAACCUAUCUGGAUUUUAAGAACGUUCUCCAAACAUUAGAUUUAAAAAAAUAUUAUACGCCGUUCACGGAACUUUUGGACAUACAACAUUUUUUUUUAACAUUUCCCAACAUUUUUCAAGUUGAUCUGUCAACGGCAUAGUAAUAAUUACCACAUAACACAAUUUUUAAUUUUUUUGUUGUAGUUAAAAAGCUUUAUUUUUAUUUAUUUACUUAGUUCAAAUGGCUUUCUGAAAUAUUUAAUUGGAAUGUUUUUUUAACACCGUAUGUUACAUUUAAAUCUCACGGAACAUUCUAAAGUAACGUCACGUGCUCAGUUUAGCGAAAAUAUUUAAAAUGAAAUGUUUUAGUUGUUUAAGUGCUCCUUUUAAAUAUCAAAGAGUAUCAUUUGUUUGCAGAAUGAUAGAAUGAAACAUCCCCUUCUCGUUGAACUGUAUUUUGUAGUUCUUCUUCCGGUAACAUUUGUUCAACACUCUCUGGUCUAAUGUUCUUAAAAUGUUCGCAUAAAAACAUUAUUUCACGGAACAUGUCUUUACCUGGACACCUGUCUUCUGUUAAUGUUACUUUUGAAUGUCAGAGAACAAUUAACAGUACCAUCGUUUUUACAAAAUUAUAAAACAAUGUUCGUAUAACGUUUUUUAAAUGUUACUUUUCAAUGUCAUAGAAAAUUAAAAAUGAACGUUCCCAUCAUGUUCGCGUAAUAAAACGGAAUGUUCCCUCAUUGUUUUUCAAGUUAAGGUCCGUCAAAAGCAUUCGUAGUUGUUCUUCCAGUAAUGUUAAUAGAACGUUUGUUCAAAGCGCCGUUCUUUAAUCAUGUUCUUUUUAGAAUGUCACAGAACUUUCAGAAGUAAAAUUCUCGUCAUCUCUAGAAAAUAAUCAAAUGUUAUGUGAUGCUUUAGCUGGACGUCAAAAGUAACGUUCCCAUGAUGUUUGCAAAAUUAUAAAACGGAAUGUUCCUACGACGUCUGCGUAACCGAGAAACAAACGUUUUGAGCGAAAUUGACAUGAACUGGGCAUUUAGAGGACGUUCAGAAAUAAAAAAAAAUUUAUAACCUAAUAACAACGUUAGCAGAACAUUCCUAGAACGCAUCUUUGUUAGCUGGGUGGUCUCUGUUUGGUUUCUGAGUUUUUAGUGCACCUGUGACAGUGUUUCAUUCGGCGUAGGUGAUGUGUAAAUACGCUCGGUUAGCUGCAGAUAAAGUUGGCUUUGUGGGUUAUGGGUUGCUUUUUGCUGUUUCAUUGUUUCCUUUCAGACAUUUUCUAGCAUAAUCAAACCACACGAAGUAUAUCUGACGACACAAAUGUGUACAGCAAUGUGUGUGUGUGUGUGUGUGUGCGCGUGUGUGUUUUAUAAUCUGUACUUGUAGACUAAUGGUGAAUAAAUCUGGUUGAUUCAGCCAUUCAUACGCA